AUACAUCUUUUACCUCUUUGGUUAGGUUUAUUCCUAGGUAUUUUAUGGUUUUCGGUGCAAUUGUAAAUGGGAUUGAUUGCUUGAUUUCCGUUGCUUCAUUAUCGGUGUAUAAAAAUGCAACCGAUUUCUGUAUGUUCAUUUUAUACCCUGCGACUUGGCUGAAUUCAUGUAUCGGUUCUAGCAGUUUUUUGGUGGAGUCUUUCGGGUUUUCCAUGUCGAGUAUAAAGAUGGAUUUGUAAACCCAGUGGAUAUCAAGGCAGGACCUUCCUAUUCCUUGCAGCAUCACAGAGCCCAUUCUCUUUGCUCCACAUUGAUGGAAGAAACAGUCAGAACAUGUGAUACUUGGCUUAGAGCUUGCCUUCUGUCCUAGAAACAUACUUCCAAGCAGAGAAGGCAGGCUGGGUAGGGCCCAGGGCAGCAAUGCUGAGUUCAAGAAAAGUACCUCUGAGGCCACGUCCUGGGUCCCUGGUCAUGUAGAGCAGCCACAGGACUAGUGAAAUAGUACAGAGGUCUACAGCAGUCUCCCUGCGGAUAUUGGAGCUGAGUAAUUUACAGAAAGCACCCUAACAAGAAUCCUUUAGCUUACUUCAUCUGCAUAGUAACCCUGUGAGAAAGACAGGAGGGGAAGCACCUUGCCCAUUUUACAGAUGAGAAAGUAGAGGCAGGGAGAGAUAAAGGGGCUUGUCUGUAGUCCCACAGCUAGUGGAUGGCGGGAGCGGAGACUGAGACUUGAUUUGGAAUGCCGGCUGAGCCAGCGUUCCUUCCACCACACCACAGGAACGCUAGACACCUAGCCAUCAGCCUUCCACUCUCUCUUCCCUCCAUGCCGAUCACUUCUGACUGGCGGGUCUCUGUAAAGCCUAGAACGGUGGAGCCAGGUAGCCAUGAGGGAGGCCAUAUUUGGGGAUCCUGGGAUGUUCGUGUUGAAAGCCAGCUCAUGGAGCCCGGGAUUCUCAGGUCUAAGUCCUAGAAGCCUUGUUUCAGUGCCCCAUCUAUACUGUAGAUGAAAAGCCAAGUGGCAAUGGGUGAAGUUGAGGGCAGGUGAGGGCAAUGCCCAGCAGCCCCUGAACCUCUAAAGGUCUGUGAGCACCAUUUGAAACCAUCAUUAUAGUCCAGCCCUAUCGUUUUCAUAUUGUGAAACCGAGGCCAGAUAAGGGAAGUAAUUUGUCCAAUGCCACGCAGCAAGGUAUUGGCAACCUGAGGCCCUGGGAAGUCUGAGGAAGUAGGGACAGUGUGUAGAAUUGAGCAUGACUGCUUAACUGGCCUUGAGUGCCACAUGAAGUUUCCACGUCGAGCAGACCCAGCAUGCAUGUCAGCUCUUCUCCAAGCAAGUUGGACCCCACCAUACGUGGCCACCUUGUCUGAACUAGAGAGCCCAGCUGCCUAGAGGAAGACUCACACUCCUUCCAGAAGGGCUUCUGACUUUCCAUAGCAGGCUGUCAUCUUGGGCAUUACCACAGGAGGGUGCCAUGGGACUGCAGCUGCCUCUCCCUGCACAACUCCCACAGCAGGAGGUCUCCUAAGUUGCUGAGAGCCUUCAGGACCCUGUGGAGAAAACAUUCUGGGGGUAGCCUAGCCAGAGGGAGAGUGGAGAGUGGCCAGGAUGUGGCCAGGAUGUGGCCAGGGGUGGGGAAAGUAAAAACUCCUUGCUGGCAAAAAUUGGACACGAGGUCCCAGGGAAAAUGAAGGGUUUAUGGCAUUGGUAAAGGAAACUUACCACUGGUUCCUCCUCCCCCAUAGUGUCCCUUAGCUGAUCUGCUGGAGAAUCAGUUGGCUCAGGCUGUGUAGAGCCACACACAUCACCUCUGAAAAGUUCUGUCACAUCACUGUCUCUUGUCCCCAGACAUCCCUGUGGCCCCUAAUCUAGCCUACAUAGUGUGUGUCAAGCCCAUGUGGACACGAGCAGGUGUAAGAUGCGGCCUCCCCUCCACGGAGCUCACACCCUAGAGCUGGCGAAGCAGCUGCAAGCAAGUCAGGACCAGCCUGGAGAUGUUCAGAGAUGCGCCAGGUGAGAUGGAAAGAACGACUCCUUCCAUUUAGGGGAGUCAGGGAAGGCCUCACAAAGAUGGUGACAUUUGACCUUUGACCUCAGGGGUGGGUCCUUAGGUGGGAUCCCACACAAGCAACCAUCGAGAUUCAGAAGAGUCACAGAGAGACAAAGGUACAAGUGGAUCUGACAAACCAAAGGGACAUCAGGGUGAAGGAGUGGUGGAUGUAGAAGCUAGAGGAUGGGGACCGCAUUGUGACUUUCAUGGGACCUAGGCCCUUUUGUCUUCAUAAAAAAAAAAUUUUUUUUUAAUUGCGUUUCACAACCGCAUUGGUAUAAAAAUGAAUAUAAUCCAGGCCAGUGGUAUUCAUUUUAUUUCUUCUGAUUUUAAAAGAAAUGAAAACUUUGUGGGCCCUAAAAGUGUUGUGGGCCCUAGGCACUGUGCCUGCUGUGCCUAUGGGAUAAGUCGGCCUGCAGAACAGUGGGUUGGGACCCGAGUGAGAAGACUUUGAAGGCCAUGCUAAUUCGGGUAAACCAUAGGGAGCCAGAGAUCCCAACUCUAAUCCUAGCUUUAUCUUUGGUUGCAUUAAGGAUCCAAACAUUUAUCAGGUGUUGAUUGUUUGCCAUUUGUCCCAUAUCCUUCAUGCUCUUAUGGCUUCACUCAACAGCUCUCCAGCCAAUAUUACGACAUACGCCCAACCAAGGUGGCCUGUUUAGUGCCAAGUUUCCUCACCCCUGUGCAAAAGCAGUAUAAUCUCUCCCAGGGGCAGUCAGCUAAGAGUAACUCACAGGGAAUGAGAGGUGCAGCAGAAGAGAGGAAGAAACCACAUACGACACCUAGAGAGUAGGUCCAGAUUGGGGAGUGAGGGAAGGACUAGGGGAGAUAGGUGGUCAAGAAAGAGGGAGAGGGCACUGAUGGGGUGAUACAAGACUUCGUGGCCUCCCCUUAGCUGGGGUUGGCCUCACCCUACCCCAGUAUCUGCACUGUUCCUUAAAAUUCACCCCUCUGCUCAUUCUCAGAGUUCACCUAAAACCUUAACACCUUGCUUACAUCUUGCUUAAAACCUUGAUGCUGUGCUACUAUCCCGAUUCCCGAAGACUCUCACUGUAGCAUUAAAUGGCUGGUCCCUCCUGGGGCUCUAUUUCCGACUUGAAGAAUAUUGGCGCCAUUGCCCAAAAUAGCCAAAUACCCCAGGAGAGAUUCCUAUUGUUAAUUACAAAAGUAAUGGUGUAGAGGAGCCAAACGAUACCGAAAAACAUGAGUUUAAGAAGUGAAAUUGAUCCUCACGAUGCCUCCAUACCUCUUGACUCAUUCCCUAGAAGUACCAACUUCCGGGUAUAAACCCUUUCAUACUCUUUUUCUGUGAAUAACAAGUACACACAUACCCAGUACCGUAUCAUUUGCAAUUUGAUGUCUUCAUCUAAUAUCCCAAGGACAUCUUUUCAUGUCAGUUCAUUAAAGUCUAACUCAUUCUUUUUAAAAGCUGGAGAGUGCCCCAUCAUUUGGUUAAACCUAAUUUCUUUCACCUUUCCCUGCUGAUGAACACUUGGGGUUUUUUUUUUUCCCAAUCCUGCGACAACUUGGUGACAACCUCUACCAUAACCCGCGUCCUCGUACAUUUAUUUUUGUGCCUGUGUCUCUUUCAAAAGGAUUGCAAUCCUAGAAUUAGAAUUGCUUGGUCAGAAGAAACACAAUGCCUCAACAUUUAAACCACAACUACUGUCUAUGUCUGGCCCGAACGGUGAAAAUGGGAGUGUGACCAGCAGUGGAGAUGAGGCUGGGGCAUGCAGACUAGGCACCGGUUGCUGGUCGCAAGGGCCUUAAGUGUCGUCCCUGAAGACUUUGGUUGUUAUGCAAACACAGAUUGGGUGGCCCUAGGCCAAGGGUACGGAGCCCUGACAGCUGGCAGCAAGACGGUCAGCAAAGCUGCUGAUAAGAGGAGUACAAAGAGGGCUUGGUUCAUGGCAAGGGGGCAGUGGUCUACUCGGCCGGCAACAUGCUACGCUUCUUGGUGCUCGCCACCCUGGUCCUUUAUGGACACAGCACCCAGGACUUUCCAGAAACCAAUGCCCGGGUAGUUGGAGGGACUGAGGCCCGGAAGAAUUCCUGGCCCUCGCAGAUUUCCCUCCAGUACCUCUCUGGGGGCAAAUGGUAUCACACCUGUGGGGGGACCCUCAUCAGACAGAACUGGGUGAUGACAGCUGCUCACUGCGUGGACCGCAAAAUGACCUUCCGUGUGGUGGCUGGAGAGCACAACCUGAGCCAGAAUGAUGGCACCGAGCAGCGUGUGAGUGUGCAGAAGAUCGUGGUGCAUCCCUACUGGAACAGCAAUAACGUGGCCGCCGGCUAUGACAUUGCCCUGCUGCGCCUGGCCCAGAGAGUUACCCUCAACAACUAUGUGCAGCUGGGUGUCCUGCCAGCGGCGGGAACCAUCCUGGCCAACAACAAUCCCUGCUACAUCACAGGCUGGGGCAUGACCAAGACCAACGGGCAGCUGGCCCAGGCCCUGCAGCAGGCUUACCUGCCCAGUGUGGAUUACGCCACCUGCUCCAGUUCCAGCUACUGGGGCUCCACCGUGAAGAGCACCAUGGUAUGCGCUGGAGGAGACGGAAUUCGCUCUGGAUGCCAGGGUGAUUCUGGGGGCCCUCUCCAUUGCCUUGUGAACGGCAAGUAUGCUGUCCAUGGAGUGACCAGUUUCGUGUCCAGUCUGGGCUGUAACGUCCCGAGGAAGCCCACAGUCUUCACACGGGUCUCUGCUUACAUCUCCUGGAUCAAUAAUGUCAUUGCUUCCAACUGAACGUCUUCCUGAAUCCCAUGGCCUUCCCAAGAUGAUGCUUAGACCCACGAAAGGACUUGAGGCCAUCAAGGAAAAAAAACAUUCUGAGAGGCCAUUGAGCCAGAUCCAGAAAAGCAAAUAAAACUGAAUAUGCAUGAUCA